GCGAAUAGGGACAGCCCGCCAAGCCGGGUGCGUGCAUUCGCUCCUGUAGGAGAGAAUGGAGAGAACUUCGGCGUUUUGGGCCUCUGGCGGCUGAUGGCGGCCGGCUCUGCUUGAACCGCGAAGCUGCCUUCUCCUGGUCACGACCGGCUUUAGGCUUUAGAGCCGGUCGUGCUGCUGGUAACGUUACGCCGUUACCACCGUUACGCUUACGCUGGCUACGCUCCUAAAGCCCCACCCACAAGACCUAGAAGCCCAGCGGGCACCUAGCGACACCUGUCGUCGCUUGGCGGAAACGGAGACAUCAUCAAUAAAAGCAGGCAAAGACAACAAAACACCACCCAAUAAACACCACCAUGGAUGCGGAGUUCGUCUGCAUCUCUGAAAAUAUUUUGGAAGGUGUCCAACGCGAAAAAGACACUGUCAACAAGACCGAUGUGGUGGGCACGCUUGUGUUGGCCUUCCCGAAGACCUCUGGAAAUGUGAACUGUGACGCAGGCUCGUUAAUGCAUCGUUGGCAUCGUAGCAGUCGACUCCGUGAACCGGCUCUGCGAGUUGCCGGGCCGACCGCCAUUGCUUCGCUCGCUUCUCGCAAAAUGCUACAUUGGAGAGGAAAGCCGGCUCUUGUGAAGCGAUUCAACGAUCCCAGCCAGUGCAAAACGAGCGACAUUGCGCAGGACCGCCAGAAGUUAAAAGAGCAGUCGGGAUUGAACAGGAGGCUCCUUUGCCGCGCCUUUUACUACCAGCUCCAGUACCACGAGGCGCGUGCUGCCUUGAGUGCCGAAAGAACGUUUCCGAGUGCAUGCUCACUCACAGGCGUUUAUUCCAUUCACCGCACCUCACCCGGUCGCAAUGUGGGGCGACAUUCUACUCCGAUCAACUCCGAUUCUGCUGUGAGCCUCCGUAGCUCAGUGCACUCGGAAGGGUGGAUCGUUUGGGAGCUACCGAAGGAGCACUCUGAGCUUUCGUUCUUAGCUGCGAUGCAGCGUUGGCUCGGUAAUAUGCAGCUCACGGAGCGUUCUUCCUUACUGUCUCCCACGGAUACCCACGAGCAUCACUGUGCCGCACUGGUAGAUAGCGACGUCUCGGGGCCUGUGCCCCGGUUCCUAGCGUGUCAAUCGCACGACAAGAUCAUGCUCGUAUUCCACACCGUCGCUGCCGAUCCUACCACUAUUUCGGGCUCCUUUUGCAAGUGCGACGCGGCCUUCCGACUCGCCUUCAACGAUUGUCGUUCUUCGAAAGGCUCUUACAACGUCGUGAUCGCAAGUCCCUUCAGGCGAGACUCCCUCGUGGAGACGUUCAAGGCUGUGAGCAUAAAGACUACUUUGUUUCUCUUCCUAUACAAGACGAAACCGAGGUCCGGAUCUUGGGAAACCCUGAGCGUCGGCACCCGCUUCGAUCGACUCCAAAUGUUGCCCUUAGAUCCUGUAGCCCCUUCAUUACACACAGAGAAAAUAUUCAUCGGCUCUUCAGGUCGCAACGGUUCCAUAGUCAAUAGCAUCACAACUGGAACGGUGCUGCACUCAGGAAGUACAGAGGAAGCUCAUGCUUGCAAUGGACUUUUGGCAUUAUCACAAGUGGACUGUCCAGUGCUUGAAGCAGACAAGCCUUCUGUCAUUGUUCCUGCAUUUGUACGGCAGCACAGGUCACUCUCGGAGUCCUGUGCUUAUCAGAUUCCAGUGGGUUCUCCUCGAGGCAUUUUGAAGAACAGUUUGAGUUGGAGGCGUACCAUGUCGGAGUCCAGCGACGAUUUCCCUUACACCCUGGAUUCUGAGCUCUCAUUUCCUGCCAGCUCCCUGGACAGCAUUCAGCCAAAAAAAUCUGUCAGUUUCAGCGAUCAGAUCAGCCACAUCACCUACAGAGCGAAUUCCAGUAUAUUAGCACGGCGCCGGAGAAACCAAAAGAAAGCCGCCAACAAGAAAAAGGCAGCCGCACGACGGGCCCUAAGUCGUUCUGACUCAACGGACACCUCUGGAGUGAGCAGUGGCAGUGAAGCAAGUCUGGAGGAUGUGUCACAAAUUUGCGUUCGGGCUGCUUUCAAAGAGUCCACCAAAGCUGAGCAGCUUGUUGCGUAGCAGUGUCCCCCUUCGGUAAAGUGAUGCACUGUGGUGUUGAAAGGGAUUCUGCGUGGUCAGGUAUACUGUGCUUUCUCCUACAGACAACUCUAGUUUGCAUUAGUUUCCAAUAGGCUUAAAUGAUGCAGCAUGUCUUGCAGCAUGCUGCAGCUGCAUGCUCAUAUUCUUCACAUUUUUAAUACCUUAC